AGUAGUAACUAAGUGAUAAUAAAUCAUACCUGUACUGUAUAAAGAAACGAAGAAAAUAAGACACGUAAAUGCAAGCGAGGAAAACAGUAGGCAGUAGAAGAUCCGUGCUAGAGUGUGUGUGAGGGCGUGUGUCUACUAAAGGUGUAGUAACCAUGUACUCCUGCCGGAGUGGAGGAGCGUGGCAGAGGACGGUGGGUGACGGCGCCCGGUGGGUGACGGGUGGUUACAACGUAACUAAAACACACACUACCGGGGCUUAUCUUCCUGGAGUUCACAGAGGCCAUGAUCGCGUAUCUUCUGAUGAUAAGUUAAGUUACGCCACUCGGGACAGCCAGGUGAGAAUCAUUAGCGGCUCUCACCCCCACACCAGCAACACACUCGACUCUUGUGCUCAACACACCUCUUGGUCCAGGACACACCAGGCCUUCCACUGUAAGGCAGCAUCACUGGUUACUGAUGAGCCUGGGAGACUUGGUCUCUGUUUACUGAGGAUCCAACCUAGUCAACUGACUCAACACAGACAGUCCCUGAUAGCAAUAUCAAAAAGAUUGUUCAGCAAAACUGAAAAUAUUUCAUCCACAGAAAACAUUUCCAAACAACUUCCUGCCCAAAGGGAACAAGCGAGUUACUGUGAGAGUGACGAGCCUCCGUCAGAUAGCAACAUGAAGAAGGCCUUCCAGCUAAUGGUGAAGACAGGUGACCAGGAGGGAGCCGGGACAGACGCUAAUGUGUACGUGGAGUUGGAAGAUGAGGCGGGCUUGGUCACUCCGCGCGUCAAGCUCGACAAGAUUUUUUACAAUGAUCUAGAACGCUCCAAGAGAGACACCUACGAUGUGGAAUGUCCCGAAAACUUCGGCAAGGUGGUGAGCUUGAGGGUCACCCGAGACACCAAGGGCCUCGCCGACAACUGGUUCUGUGACUAUAUCCACGUCAACGAUAAUCGUACGCCCAAGAAAGUCUCCAUGCAGCAGAUCACUAAGUCCGUGCGGAACUUUUUAGGGUCAAAUUACCUGAAGGAAAGCAAGUCGAAGGAGAAGAUUGUGUACUUCUUCCCCAUACACCGCUGGAUCGCCCCCAAGCAUGAGUACUUCUUCCACGAGUACGCGGUGUGUCUGCCUCAAGACGACCCCUGUCUGGGGCCCAGGAAGAGUAACUUGGAGAGCAAACGUAACUCCUACAAUUUCAUCGUACAUAAGCCUGGAUUGGUCGCUCAGAUUGAAAACUUGCCCAGUGAUGAAAAGUUCUCAGAAGAAUAUUACUGGACAUUUGCAACUGAUAAACUUAACCUGCUGGCCCAGACCAAGUUCAUCGAGUGGACAACAAGCAAAUGGAACACCCUGGAUGAUCUGAAGAGAGUUUACCGGCAGAGUCUGGGAGAACCUACGUGCAUUGGUGUAUGGAAAGAGGACUGGUGGUUUGGGCUGCAGAGACUUCAAGGAGUUAAUCCCAAUGUUAUUCGUCUGUGCAAAAAGAUCCCUGACAACUUUGCAGUAACUGAAGAAACUGUGAAAGGUUUCCUGGGAGAAAUGUCUCUAGCUGAAGCUCUUGAGAAAAACAAGAUGUUCAUCUGUGACCUGGAAAUAACAGAUGGUCUGGUCUGCAAGGAGGGCAACUAUGGGUUAGCAUCUCCUCUGGCACUCUUCCAUCUAAACAGUGAAAACUCUUUGCUGCCCGUCGCCAUACAGCUGAAACAAAAAAGAGGACCUGAUAAUCCUGUAUACACACCAAAUGACCCACCAAAUACAUGGUUGGUGGCAAAGAUGUUCUACAACAACGUAGAAGCACAGCAUCAUCAGGCUCUAACACAUCUGGGCUACACACACCUUUUGAUGGAAGGAGUGGUCAUCUGUACACACAGAAACCUCUCACCAUCACAUCCUUUGUUCAAACUGAUGGCUCCUCAUUUCCUGUUCCUGCUGGCUAUCAACACGAGAGGACUGGAAAAGCUGGUAGCCCCUGGUGGUUGGGUUGAUAACUGUAUGACUCAAGGGGUGACGGGAAUCUUCAACCUCAUGAAGAGAGGUUUUGACCGCUGGAGAUUUGACCGGGAGGGACAAGUUGAGAAAGAGCUGGAAGCUAGAGGAGUAUUGGACAAGACUAUUCUCCCAUACUACCCAUACAGGGAUGAUGCUAUUCCCCUCUAUAAUGUCAUCAAGAAAUAUGUUACAACUGUUGUUAAGCACCAUUACGACACCCCAGAGAAAAUUUCUGGAGACUGGGAGCUUCGGUGGUGGCGUGAAGAACUGGUCAAGUCGAGAGAUGAAAAUGGAGUUGGACUACAGAAUGUCCCCGGAACAGCUGAUGGUUUUACAACUGUUGAAGAGGUGAUUGAUGUAGUAACUGUGAUCAUCUCCAUUUGCUCUCUGGGACACGCAGCUGCUAACUUCCAGCAGUAUGAACAAUAUGGAUUUGUCCCCAACUACCCAGGAAUUUUAAUGCUAGAUAUCCCCAAGGAGAAGAAAAACUACACAGAGGAAGAAAUCAUGGCCAUGUUACCUGACAAGAGGAUGACCCUGGACAUUAUGGUUAUCACAAAGCUUCUGUCCAGCAGGGGGACCAAGAGCUUGGGUGAUUUUGAGAUGCAAUACUUGUAUGAUCCAGUAGGCGUGCAAGCUGCAGAGGAAUUCCAAAAGGACCUGAAGCGUCUGAGUUAUGAAAUGAAGGGCCGCAAUAUUGACCGUCCGUGGAAGUUUGACUGGUUGGACCCUGAAAUUGUUCCCAAUUCCAUCAGUGUGUAGUAAUGAUUAGCUAUUGGGGCUCAAGAGACAAGAUAAUACCUCACAAGGCACUCAUACAGAGUUGGUAAAGCCGAUUCUAACUACAUAGAAUUUCCAGUCCAAAGUUUUUAAUAAUGGUAAAAAAAAGGUUUUUUAUAAUUUAUACUAAGAAAAACGAAAAUAUUUAUAAGUUGAUUGUAAAAAUGUUUUAAAUUACAUUUAGAUCACCAUAUACAGGUACAGUGCUCAGGUGUAGCCUUUACUCCUUGGUGGUAAGACAAACCCAAGUUAACAUUAGUUAACUUGUUACUAUCCUUUAUAAAACAGAAUAACAAUUACUGUAUUAGGACAAUAAUCUUGUUGCCUUACACCUGAUAUGAUUUUUAUAAUCAUUAUGAAAGUUACUCUGUAGCCUACCUGGUGCCUGUACAGUACUGACGGUUUAUUUAAAAAAAAAAAGCCAAUGUAAGAACUGUACAGUACAGCAACUUAUAUAUGCACGAAUUUCAUUCCCAUAUGAUUCUGAACUGAUUGAUAAUUACCAAAUACUGAUUUAUUUUAAAUAGGGAUUACAGCAAAGUCCUUCCUAGAAUAUUCUUUAGUUACUUUAUAUUAUUAUGGCAUUGUAAACUCAAAGAGUAUUACUGUACUGUAUGUACCAAAUAUUUUACAUAAAUGUAUGCUGUACAGUAUUAUGCUGUUGUAAACUCAAAUAGUAUUACCAUGUAGUAUACAGUUGUGGAAAUGUGGUCCUACACCCCUGUGGCUCCAAACGGCAACAUCGCAGUAGUACUGUAUCACUAUUUAUGAAUACAUGGGUAUUGGUUGUGUAAUGAUGGACAUGAUUGGCGGAUAAGUUUGUUAUAGGUCAUACAGGUUGGCCGUUUUGCAACACGGGUUACCACAGGGGAUGUAGGAACACAUUUCCACAAUUGUACCAGAUAUUUUAUAUGGUACUGUAUUAUUAUAUUUAAUAAUAUUAAUACCACUGACAUGUUGUUUGGCCUCCCAAUGAAUAGUAAUGAGUCCAUAACUAGUCUGCUGCUGAUGCCAAUCCAGUGUCCUAAAAUAUGAAAUUGAGAACAGUACUGGGCUUCUAAACAGCCCUUGAUAAGACUAUCAAUGGAUCCUACACAGGCAUGAUGACUUCUAGCUUGGGUGGCCAUCUGGUAACUAAAUAAUGAUUGUAUAUAUACAGUACUGUAUACAUCUGCAAAGUACUGUACUCACGAGCAGGUUACUAGUUUGCAGAAAGCAGUAGACAUAUAAAACUGGAAUAAUUUUAUUCAUUUCUACAAAACAAUCGCCAUGAAAAAGUACUUGAUUGGAAGUUUUCACUGCAAGAAUGAACUAAAUCUUAAGGAAUUCUCUAAUACAGUAGAUCUCAUAUCAUUCUUCAGUUAAAAUGGUACAGUACAGUACAAUACAUACACUGACUGUUUUACUUGGCCAGCCAGAGAGAACUGUGGCAUCAGAUACCAUUCAUAUACGAGGUCUAACAAUUACUGAAUAUAUCUAAGGAAAAAACUGGGAGCCAUCAACAUGUAUUGAGGGAAUAUCUGUACUACAUAAUUACUGUACGUAUAUCUUUUACUAUCUUGAAAAUCCAAGUAGUAUUUUAUACAAUAUGCUCCCUGUAUCUAUGACUGAAAACAUAAAAAUAAUUAUUAUUUAUUCAAAUGACUCACUGAAACCAAACGAUAGAGUACAAUGAAUUGUAUAUCACCUAUUGCUUCUGUGUGCAUGUCUGUAUAUAAAGGUUGGUUGCACAUUUUUGUGGUAGGUUCUGUGAUUUUUGUCAGGUUGACUGUGCUGCUAAAUACAAGAUGUUUCUACAGUAUGUUGACACUACAGUAGUGUAGUGUACUGUAGUUGAUCCAUAAGCCUGUUAAUUUUUAACUCAUUUAUUUAAGAUUUAUUCGGAACAAGAGUUGGAGUGAAUUAAGUGAAAUUAUACUGUGUGUCUGUCUGUCUGUGUAUAUGGGCAAUAUUAUUUUCUUUUUAUUCUUUCAAAAUUACUUAUUUAUGAGUGUAAAUGGUUUUUCACUAUGUGAUGAAGAUAUCUGUUGCCAUGUUGUACUGUUAUUCUUAUUGACUAUAACAAAUACAUGUAUAAUGUAUAAACAUUGUGAUGAUCCAUAUAAGUAGACAUAAGUUUACUGCUGUUGCUGUAUAACAAAAAUAAAACUGGCAUCAACAAUUUCAGUUUGAAUACAGUACUAUAUAUAUAUAUAUAGGGGUAUGUAUACAGUAUAUAUAGCCUACUGUAUAUCCUGGUGCUUGGCAUCUGCUAAUUCCUUGUCUACAACCCCCCAACUAAUGUACCAGAAGGAAUAUACCUUUUUUUUGCAACUGUUGAUGAUGGCUUACCCUAAUGGUAUGUUUUAUUUUUAUAUCUGUAACAUUUUAUCAAGAAAUAAAAAAAUAAAAAAAAUCA